CUGCCAUUCCCAUUCGCACCCCACUCAGCCGGCUGCUCAAUUAGGGCUCAGCCCACACCAAAAAAUUGAGGGACGACUUUCCGGGUGAGGCUCGCCAACACUACCGCCCUGGAUCGCGAAACCUUUCGAACUUCCCCAGCGCCCGCCGACCACACCCGCCCGACCCCCUCGACACCCAGUCAAACUCCCACGUUCGACGUCGUUACAUACCUUUCAAGAUGGCGCACCCUGGUUCUCAGAUCUCCAAGCGGAGAAAGUUCGUCGCCGACGGUGUCUUCUACGCCGAGCUGAACGAGUUCUUCCAGCGCGAGCUCGCUGAGGAGGGUUACUCUGGCGUCGAGGUCCGCGUCACGCCAACCGUCACCGACAUCAUCAUCCGCGCCACGCACACCCAGGAGGUCCUCGGCGAGCAGGGCCGCCGCAUCCGCGAGCUCACCUCGCUCAUCCAGAAGCGAUUCAAGUUCCCCGAGAACUCCGUCUCUCUGUACGCCGCCAAGGUCCAGAACCGCGGCCUCUCCGCCGUCGCUCAGUGCGAGUCCCUCCGGUACAAGCUCCUCAACGGCCUGGCCGUCCGCCGCGCCUGCUAUGGUGUCCUCCGCUUCAUCAUGGAGUCCGGCGCCAAGGGCUGCGAAGUUGUCGUCUCUGGCAAGCUCCGUGCCGCCCGUGCCAAGAGCAUGAAGUUCACCGACGGCUUCAUGAUCCACUCCGGCCAGCCCGCCAAGGACUUCAUCGACUCGGCCACUCGCCACGUCCUGCUCCGCCAGGGUGUCCUGGGUAUUAAGGUCAAGAUCAUGCGCGGCUCCGACCCUGAGGGCAAGGCCGGCCCCCAGAAGUCUCUGCCCGACGCCGUCACCAUCAUCGAGCCCAAGGAGGAGCAGGCUGUUCUCCAGCCCGUCAGCCAGGACUACGGCGCUAAGGCCGCCCAGAACCUGGCCAGCCAAGACGCUCGCAACGCUGAGCAGGAGGGUGAGGCGGAGGCUGCUCCCGCUGAGCAAUAAAUGCUCUCACGCGACGCAGGGAGCUGGGGAUGGGAUGUGGAAGCGAACGACUGCUGCCACCGGCACGACGACGGGACAGGACAAGGGAAUGGCGGUCUAUUCAGGCGUCAAUUGAUCAUCUUUGCAUCUGCUUGAGGGCAUAGGAAGGUUUCAUCUUGCUUUGUAUGGUAGACCCAAGCCACCAAAAUGGAAUGAGACCUGAGAAUCUGAUGAACCGAG